AUUCUGUGGCAUUAGAAUUUUCUACUCCAACUUACCUACCACAUAUGGAUGGGGAAGAAGAAGAUGAACAAAAAUGUUAAUUGGGGAGGGAAUUGAUACAGAAAGCGGACCUGCCGAAGGUUGAGAGACCAUUUUCUGAAAGCAGGAAAAUGGGUUUCUCUCUUAAGCCAUCUUCCAUGGCUUAUCAGAGAUUUGGACUUUGUAUCAACCUACUCCCUUCCAACUUUACUAAUUUUUUCAUCUCUUUCCCAUGGAAGGUUCUCCAUUCUUGCUGUGAUUUCACUGUUCUUUACCAAAUCAACAUAUCCCUUCUCUGUUUCUUCAAGCAAUUCCAUUUCUUUAUCUCUCCCCUUCUCUUUAAACUCUUUAAUUUCCCCAUUUCGUCUCUAAAUCUAUUUUCUAAGAAACCCUUCUCCUUCCAACAACCUCCCUUUCGACAUCCCAACCAUUUGGGUUUCCUAGUUCUUCAAAUACACUCUGCUCUUUCUCCUCUUCUUCAAAGGAAAACCCACAACCCAUUUUGGUUUUUGCUCUUUUUGUAACGCCAGCUCUCUGAUUUGGGUUCUUCAGGUGGGAGAUGAUGAAGCUCUGGUUGUGGGUUUUCGCCAUUUUUUUGGUUUCGAGGAUUGCCGCUGUUCCCAAUGCUGUUCCCACUGAAAGAAUUUCAGGAAGUGCUGGUGAUGUCUUAGAAGAUAACCCAGUUGGAAGAUUGAAAGUAUAUGUUUAUGAUCUUCCAAGCAAAUACAAUAAGAAGACUCUUCAAAAGGAUCCAAGAUGUCUCACUCAUAUGUUUGCUGCUGAGAUUUACAUGCAUAGGUUCUUGUUGAACAGUCCUGUCAGAACACUCAAUCCCGACGAAGCCGAUUGGUUUUAUACUCCAAUUUAUGUCACCUGUGACCUCACCCCCAAUGGCUUACCGUUGCCCUUUAAAUCCCCUCGAAUGAUGCGAAGUGCCAUUCAACUUAUCUCUUCCAAUUGGCCUUAUUGGAAUAGAACAGAGGGCGCCGAUCACUUCUUUGUUGUGCCUCAUGACUUUGGUGCCUGCUUUCAUUAUCAGGAGGAGAAGGCUAUUGACCGUGGAAUUCUUCCCUUGCUCCAACGUGCAACUUUGGUUCAAACUUUUGGACAAAGGAACCAUGUUUGCUUGAAUGAGGGUUCCAUCACUAUUCCUCCAUACUGUCCUCCCCAGAAAAUGAAAACUCACCUGAUCCCUUCGGAAACUCCUCGUUCUAUCUUCGUCUAUUUCCGUGGAUUGUUUUAUGAUGUUAACAAUGACCCAGAAGGUGGUUAUUACGCAAGAGGUGCAAGAGCAGCUGUGUGGGAGAACUUCAAAAACAAUCCUCUCUUUGACAUCUCUACCGACCAUCCAACGACAUAUUAUGAAGAUAUGCAGCGGGCAAUUUUCUGUUUAUGUCCUCUUGGGUGGGCGCCAUGGAGUCCAAGGCUGGUGGAAGCUGUGGUGUUUGGUUGUAUCCCAGUUAUCAUAGCAGAUGACAUUGUGUUGCCUUUUGCCGAUGCUAUUCCAUGGGAAGAAAUUGGUGUGUUUGUAGACGAAAAAGACGUGUCCAACCUCGACACAAUCCUGACAUCAAUACCACCCGACGUGAUACUGAGGAAGCAAAGACUGCUAGCAAAUCCAUCAAUGAAACGAGCAAUGAUGUUCCCACAACCAGCUCAAUCAGGUGAUGCUUUCCAUCAGAUUCUGAAUGGCUUGGCUCGAAAAUUGCCGCACGAUAAGGGUGUUUACUUGAAGCCUGGUGAGAGGAUUUUGAAUUGGACUGCAGGACCUGUGGGGGACCUGAAGCCUUGGUAGAUAAGAUGUUUCAUAAUAUUUGGAUGCUGUUUGUAAUCCAUACAAAAUAUAUAAGAAUCCUUCAAAGUUUUGAUUGAUUACAGGUACAUAGUUUUAAGUGUCUCUUAGUUCCAUGGUAUAGGCGAUCCAUUUGAUUAAGAACAUUAAGAAAGUGUAACAAUCCCUGAUGAAUAUUCAACUCAUUUUAUUGUUCUCCAAGGCCAGUAGAACAAGGUCUUA